CCCUGGCACAGUCGGCGCUGCGGAACGCAAUCGCCCUAGCCGCCCUAGCCUGCGGUGGCUGCGGGCUGAGGCUGUCGGCGGGAACCCCAGUGAGUCCACUCCAGGCGGGGUCUCAGACUGGACGCGGGGCCCCUGGCGACGUGUGACCCGCCCCCGGCCGGCCGCUGCACCGGCGUUUGUAAGUGUGUGUGGGACCCAGCCGGCCCUGCACCGCCCUCUCUGAGGCUGCAGAGAGGCGCUCCGCCUGGGGCACUAUGAAGGCCGCAGAGCUUUCCUCGGAAACUGCAUCUCCCCUGGAAGCGGCUAGUUGGACUGUUCUGUUGACAGUAGUGAGGGGGAGAAGCAGAGCUGCAGCUGUCGCUUUGCAGCGCCUGUAGGACUUCAAGGUCCCGAAGCCCCUGCCGGUUCUCUGUAGAGAACCCCAGUUUUCUUGUAUCUGGAACACAGUACCUGCCUCCUUUCCUGAUUCUUAAGUAAAAUAGAGGGCUGUCAUCUGGGGGAAGCUACCUGAGCCGUUCAGCCAUGGAGGCCGACACAGUGUCCCCUAUCCAGGAGACCUCUGCCCAGUCUUUAUGUAAUUUAAGUAAUCUGUGGGGUAGCCGGAAGCUGACGAUUGUGGGGAUCUUACUUGGUUGGCUUCUAGUUAUCCACCUUCUGGUUAACGUGUGGCUUCUGUGCCUUCUCUCAGCGUUGCUAGUGGUGCUGGGAGGAUGGCUAGGCUCCAGCUCCAUUUUGGGGCUUUCAGGUCGACUACACCUGGAACGGUUCAUCCCAGUGGCCACCUGCCCUCCAUGCCCUGAGGCAGAAAGGCAGUUGGAGCAGGAGAUCAACAGCACCAUCCAGAUGAUUAUUCGAGAUUUUGUGUUAUCCUGGUAUCGUUCAGUGAGCCAGGAGCCAGCUUUUAAGGAAGAGAUGGAGGCGGCCAUGAAAGGGUUGGUGCAGGAACUUCGGAGGAGGAUGGGUAUGGUGAACAGUCGUGCUCUUGCCCAGAGGGUUAUGACUCUCUGUGGUUGUCACCUGCAGAGCUACAUUCAGGCAAAGGAGACCUUUGCAGAGAAGCAGAGUGGUCCAGUCCAGCCUUCCCAGCUCUGGGAGGCUUAUUGCCAGGUUACUGCCCCACAUCCUGCUAUGCACAAUCCUAGUACAGAAGUCACCUAUACCCGUGGCAUUGUGAAUUUGUUACUUCAAGGGCUGGUGCCCAAGCCCCACUUGGAGACUAGAACUGGACGCCAUGUGGUGGUUGAACUCAUUACUUGCAAUGUAAUCUUACCACUGAUCAGCAAGCUGUCAGAUCCUGACUGGAUUCACCUUUUACUUGUGGGUAUCUUUUCCAAGGCCAGAAAUGAUUCAGCAAAAAUAGAUAAAUCACUCUUCCCACCCAGUUCCUUGGAACAGCACUCAGUGCCCACAUCUCUACCACUGAUUGUUGAGGUGGAAAGUCUGCCAGAACGAAGAGCCCCUUCUCCAAUAGAAGCCUCUGUGCUCCUAAACUGUAGUGAGCCAGGCCCCACCCCAGAGGUUGAAGAAGGCCAUGAAGCUGUAGAGGCAGAUAUGGCUGGGAUACUUGAAGAAAGAAAAGUAGGAAACAACUCAUCUCAUUUCCUACAGCCAGAUAUUCGAGGCCCCCUGUUCUUAUGUGAAGACUCAGAACUGGAGUCUCCACUGUCUGAACUGAGCAAAGAAACUAUCAUGCUCAUGACCCCAGGCAACUUCCUCUCUGACCGGAUCCAGGAUGCCCUAUGUGCCUUAGAAGAUUCCCAGGCUCUGGAACAAAAGGAAGGUGAGGGAUCCGAGGGCAAUGAAGGAGCAGAGACUGAGGAGGGGUCAGGGACAGAAACAGGCCUGCUGGUCUCCAUGCUGAACUCCUGCCCAGAGAUCCAAAUUGACACAGCAGACAAGGAGGUAGAGCAAGGAGAUGACACCUCUCUUACAGCUUUGUUGGAGGAGCCAAAAAAGAUUCAGCCCCUGCGACCCUCGUGCUUAGAUAAUAAGGAUCUCAUCAAUGAUAUGAGCUCCCUUGAUCCAACUCUGCCACCAGUUCCACUUUCUUCCUCUCCACCUGGUCCUCUCAGCUCAACCACUUUCAGCUUUGAGCCCCUGAGCAGUCCAGAUGGCCCAGUUGUCAUCCAGAACCUUCGUAUCACUGGUACCAUUACUGCCCGAGAGCACAGUGGCACUGGAUUUCACCCGUAUACACUCUACACUGUAAAGUAUGAGACAGCUUUUAACAGUGAGAACAGCAGUGCCCUGCAGCAGCUGGCCUACCACACUGUGAACCGCCGAUACCGGGAAUUCUUGAACCUGCAGACCCGCCUGGAGGAGAAACCAGAGCUACGAAAGUUCAUCAAAAAUGUGAAAGGUCCUAAAAAGCUCUUUCCAGAUCUUCCAUUUGGCAAUAUGGAUAGUGACAGAGUGGAAGCCCGAAAGAGCCUUCUGGAAUCAUUCCUCAAGCAACUCUGUGCCAUUCCUGAAAUCGCUAACAGUGAAGAGGUGCAGGAAUUUCUUGCUCUGAACACAGAUGCUCGAAUUGCCUUUGUCAAGAAACCACUCAUGGUCUCCAGAAUAGAUAAGAUGGUGGUGAAUGCUAUUGUGGAUACCUUGAAGACAGCAUUUCCUCGCUCUGAACCCCAGAGCCCCACAGAGGAGCUGAGUGAGGCCGAGAACGAAAGCAAGUCCCAGACAGAAGGCAAGAAGGCUAGCAAGUCCAGACUGAGGUUCUCAUCCAGCAAAAUUUCUCCAGCACUGAGUGUGAAUGAAGUACAUGAAAAGAUUCUCUAUUGUCUCCAGGAGCGCAAUGUGGAGUCAGAGAUCCUAUCCAUGUCUGGGAUGGAAUCCUUUAUUGAAAAGCAGACAAAGUUACUGGAAAUGCAGCCAACAGAAGUCCCAGUAAAAGAUCCAGAACAAAUCUCCAAAGACUAUGUGGAUGAUUGCUUGUCAGGUACAACCAUGCUAUCCCAGGACCUCAGCAGCAGUGAUGCAGGAACAGAAACAGAGUUAGCUGACACAGCCCUGGAUCUAAUCCUCUUGCUGUUAAUGAAACAGUGGAAAUGGCUAUGUACUGAAAACAUGCAGAAAUUUCUUCAUCUUAUCUUUGGGACCCUAAUUCAAAGGUGGCUAGAAGUGCAGGUAGCUAAUCUCACGUGUCCACAGCACUGGGUGCAGUACCUCCGGCUUCUUCGGGAGUCCAUCUGGCCUGGUGGAGUUCUUCCCAAGUUUCCGCGGCCUGUAAGGACUCAGGAACAGAAAGUGGCUACUGAGAAGCAAGCUUUGCAGAGCCUGAUGGGAGUCCUGCCAGAUUGUUUAAUAGAAAUCCUAGGGGUGAACAAAUGCCAGUUGAGCUGGAGUCUAGUCUUGGAAUCAUUACAGCAGCCACUCAUCAACAGACAUUUGAUUUACUGCCUUGGAGACAUCAUCAUAGAAUUCUUGAAUCUCAGUGCAUCUGAUGAGGAAUCUGCCUCAAACACUUCUGCCUCAGAUACCCCAGGCAUCCCCAAGAGGAUGGAAGUCUGCCCUUAGCUAGGGGUUAUUCACAUGAUCUUCACAGGUUGAGAAAGGAGACUUAGCCACCCAGAGACCAGUCAGGAUGCCCAGACCUCAGGAAUCACCUUACAAGGCCUAGGUUUCAGUGGCUCAAUUCUCCUAUGAGUCCCACUCCAUUUGUAGCAGGUGACAAGGAUAUAUAUGUACAAUUGCAUGCAUAUUCAUGUCCAUGGCUUUUUUUUUUUUUUUUUUGUGGUGUUUGUAUUGUUGCUCGUGGUAGAUCCUGUGUACUUUGGAGAAGGAAGCUGUGAAGUAGAGGAAUGAGCCCCUUUUGCUUCUACUUUUGCCCUCCUCUGUAAGACUGCCAGAAAUCUGAUCCUGUACAUACAUGUGCCUAAUCCAUGAACACACAAGAUCAAGAUCUGGAAAGAAUAAGAAAAAACUAUAGCCAGAUAUCCUUGGAAGAGAAAACAAUCUUCUGAGUUCUCUGUUCCCACCUGGAAACUAAAAAUUCAUUCAGGGCCACUCUUGAAAGUCAGAUUCCCUGGUCCUACCUAGUUUCCUAACAAUUCUAAAAGAAGAGGGAAGGAAAAUAUUUCUUAAGGGACUUCUCACUCAUUGGCUGUUGUCCAGCACAGCAGCCUAAUGGAGGGUGCUGUGAAUGCUGCUCCCUUGGGUGGCCACACUUUUCCUCUCCAGAAGGUUUCAAAGCAAACUGCCAGAACUUCUGGUAAAUCCACCCCACCCUUCACACCCUUUCCUGAAAGGGAUUUGCAACACAGAUUUUAUUUAUUAGCUUUCCUCCCAACCCCCUGCCCAAAAGCCAUUGAGUUAUUGGAUUUGUGACCUUCCUUCUAUCUUCAACACAAUCACAUGGGAAAUUAUAUAUAUAUUCAGCCUCAAUGUUUCCAAAGAGAAGGGAAAGUACUUGCUUCAUGACUGGGGAUGCCCAGAAACCCAGAGAGUAAAGAGUUCUUUCUUCAUACGUCUUUAGCAGAAAGGUUUUACUCUGAACAGAUAAUAUUAGCAUACUUGCAGGGAUUAGUUUUAACUUUCUGCUCCUUAAUGAUCUAGUUAGUCUUUAAGAACCAAGCAAUGAGGACAGGUGCUCCAGCAGAUUGUAGUGUCCACUAGAGAGAUGGAACAGUUCAAAGGAAUUGCCAGUAGAAAAGGGGCCGUAUGGAGUUACAAGGAAAGUGCCGCCCAUUCAGUGUACAUGAAUAUCUGGUGAAAAAAAGUUUCCAGGGUGCCACCAGGAGACCAUGGCUAACCCCUCAGCCCUUUAGCAUCAUACCUGCCUCUUUGUACCCUGUUUUCACUGAACCAUGAAAUCUUCUUACAGGGAGAAGAAGAGUCUUUAAGAAUUAGACCAAUUAGAAUGGGGUGGGGCAUCAAGAAUCAACAUCUGGGUUCUUGUAGACUUUGAAGUAGGUAACGAGCACACAAUUAAAGUUGUUCGUAGAAAAAAGUUGUGAAACCAUGUUACUUUUUACCUCCUUUGGUGGCUCCUAACCAUAGUUAUGUUAUGUUGUAAUCAAAAGGCUUAGGUAUGCUACUCUUGCCAAAGGGCAAGGAAAUGAAUGAGAUAAUCAUUCAUGACCCCUUCUGGCCUUAAAGUUGAUUAUGACAGUAACUUGAUUUUAAAGUUCUGGAAGCAUCUUCUACCCUAGACUUUCACAACAGGGUAGCUUGUGGAAUUGCAGGGGUCUGGCAGGACACUUUAAAGCUGAUCCUGUGACUCUUUCAGUGAAGACCAUUCUACUUUGGUGAGGUGGAGAUGGGUAGCUCUGCCCUUCUUUCCCCAUACUUUCCCCUCAUGUGUAUCUGCAGACCUAGAUUGCUUUAAAUUCACUAUCGGUUCUGGCUCAGAUGCAGCACAAAGUCGGUGGACGAUAACCUGACACACCAUAAAAUUCCUAUAACAGUGAAUUCUAAGGAAUCUUUUGACACUUCCAUCCCAUAAAACUUGCUUGCAUUUCAUGUUAUAUAAGAGAUCCCACCCAUGCUCCACCUGCCCCUAAAAGAUAAGCUAUCCUCACAGUCCAUUGGAAGGAAAUGGGUUAGCCUAGACAAAAAGCUUGUCAGUCCACCUCUGAUCCUAAAUACAUAACCACUAUAAUACACUAAGCUGCCUUUUAUGUUACAGAGAAAAAUAAAAUCAAAUUUUCAUUUU